GAUAACUCAAGAUUAACCGCCUAGUAAACAAUGUUGAAAUUUUGAAUUGUUUUAACUUAUUUGUACAGUUUUUGCUAAGUUUUAUAGUUGCAUUUGAUGUAAUUCGAUUUCAUAUUCAUUCGGUGCAGUUAUUUUUAGUGAAUAUGGAUAAAUUAGUUGAAACAAUACAUUCAUUUUUUCCUGACUUUAAUAUGUCAAUAAAUGAUCUUAAAAAUCCAACUGUUACUUUUGUAAGGGAUUUUUACAGUCGUGUACUUAUUGAACUUGGUGUGGAUUCUGAUAAUGUUAGAAAGGCUCAACUUGAUCAACUGGAAUAUGCUCAGGAUAUUGACUUAUUGCCCGUCCUUAAUUUGAUAACUGCCAUAAAUACAGCAUUUCCAUUUUUGAAUAUCAACCUUUUUGAUAUGCUUCAACCAACUCCUAAAAGAAAUGCCAUGCUGAUGUCGAAAGUGAUGAAUUUUAUGGAAUUUUGUGAAGCUCGAGUUGCUGCAAACAAUGAUGAAAUCAGGAAAUUUCAAGAAGCAAAAGAUAUUGAGAACCAUCUCAUGGAGACUAUUGAUAUGAAAACCAAAGAAUUGAAUGAUUUAGCAAGCGAGUUAGAGUCCUGUCAAAGUGCAAAGCAAGAGUUAAAAAUACAAAUAGAAUCACUGGAAAAUGGAUGCUAUGAUAACAGAAAAUACAAUUCUGCCUUGAAGGAAGGUAUACAAAGGCUUGAGGAAAAUUUUAAUUCUGUAAGCAAAGAAGCUGAAACAUUGAAACUGGAAAUUAGUUCAGUCAUUCGUGAAAUCGAUGCGUUAAAGAGUCAAAUUGUUGUUAAUCCAAUGGAAGAAAAACGAGAACUCGAUGUGAAGUUAAAGCAUAAGGAUGGGGUUUUGGAAAAAAAGAAACAACUCGAAGAAAAAUUGGCAGAAUAUAAAGAAGUUAAAGAAAAAAUGCAACUUCAAUUAGAGAUGAUCGAAACAAGAGUUGUUCCUAUCAUAAAAGAUUUGGAAGUGUUGCGCCUUUCUCAGGAAAAAGCAGUUUCAGCGCAAAAGACGAAAAAAGAAUUAGAAGAAUUGCAAAAAGUGAAAGAACAGUGUAUUGCAGAAUUAGACGAAAUUCGAAAAAAUUUCGAAACUGAAGAAAGUUACUUAAAGAGCCAACUUUCAAUUAUAGAAAAAGAUGAAGAAUUACUACAUAAGGCGAUAGAUGAAAAAAAGAGCGAUUAUGCACUUAAAUCGAAAGAACUCAAGAAACAACAAAAAUUUUUAAAAGAAGAACUUUCUUCUGUAAACAAAGAAAUAUCUAACUUGGAAAAUGAUUACCAUGAAUUACGUUCUAAAUUUUCUAUAGCAGUACAGGCAGUCAACUCGAAAUUAAAUGAGAUUACCAAAGGAAAAAAACAUAUAUUUGAUUAUUGAAGGAAAAUGAGAACAUGUUAUGUUAGUAAACUAACCGAUCUAUUUAGAUGUUAAAAUAUUGUUCUAAGUGUUUUAUUUAUAUAGUAAAUUAUAUUGUUCACUUUUUAUAAAAGAUAGAUGUAUCUAAAAUUUUUAAUAUAUUUAAUAAAAUGUUUAUAAUAAAUUAUUUGGAUUUAUCCCUCAGAUAUUAAAUU